GUUGGCGGCCAAGCGAAAGCACUGGUUUUCCCACCGAUGACCACUCUACAGGUAGGUUUCGGUAUUAAAGUACCUUUCGGGGAAUAAACGUCCGCACCGUAAUCAAUCACACCGCGUCAAACACGGGCAGGGUUUCCAUUGGUUGAUCUUAACGCACAAUUUCCCACCAUCUAGCUUACGAUGUGCACCGUUACCAAUGGGCGGCUGUUUAAGUCACCGACAAAAGAGUACCCCGUUCGACGUUUGGGCAUCAAUUUGGGGUUCCAGGUCAACUAUAACCUUCCGUUUCGAUUGAUGGACUUCUACAAACCGGCGUACUGGGCACGGGCCCUCAUCGGUGUUGUACAGGGCCGCUUCAAACCGAUGACCGUCGUGUCGGCCCGCGAUUUCAAGCGUUCGGUCACCCAUCCAAAUUCCGAUCUGACGGCCGGACAGUUGUACCGGGCGGUGGAAGAGUUACUGGAAACGAUGGAAUUUGGUUCGGAUUGUUUGGCGAAAAGUGUCUGCGAGUUGGCCCAAAGUCCAUUUCAUCGGGAAGCGAAUCGGGAAGAUCUGCUGAUGGAGGUGACACAUUUUUUGCUAACGUAAGUAACACCCUAAAGGCGGGCUGUGCGUAUGAAUAUAAUUAUGCUUUUGUUGUUUGUAGACCUUCAUUUCAUAAGUCUUUUGGAGAAUCGGAAUAUCGUGACAGAGCUAAAUAUGAAAUGGCGGAAAAUCUUGGAGUGAGCGGAGCCGACUGUGAACUGAUCUAUACCAAUUGUCCUAAGUC